AAGAUGGCUUUCCUCCCUCUGCCGUGUUGACACUGAUUAUUUUGGUAUCCCAGUGCGCAUACCGUAAAAGCUUGUGUCACUUCUAAAUAGAUAGCGGUAGAGGGGCCGUCGAGAGUCCUAACAAGGUAAACGGCCGGCCGGGCUGUGUUCAGAGAACUGACAAAGCCUCGAUAGCAGCCGCCGCUGAGAGAAGGUUGAGCGUAGAAAGUAAAGCUACUUUCGAGGUUAGCCUCAGCCGAGCUAGCUUUUAGCUUACGUGGACACGGACAAGUAAAGUCGUGUCACCUGCAUUUCACCACACAAACUGCUUUUGGGUCGGGACAUAUAUAACGAGGACAGUCGUACCAUUGGCAGUUUAAGAGCCACGACGGUUGUUUUGUGGAAAACGAAGUAGUAAAAGGUUGCAUCCCUAUAAAGGCGAGCGCGUUGCACAGGACAUAGGAAUUUGACAAUGAAAGCACUGGCUCUGGGUGCCUGCAGGCCAGCGUAGGUGCUGGUAUGUUACAGAGGUCCGCAUCCUGAUGGACCGAGACACCUUCUCCCACAUCCGCCUUUGGUGCCCACGCCCCUUUGGCACCUACUCUCAAAACAAAGCUAAGAGUCCUGGCACAGGGAGCAAUGUGAUAGAUGUAAGUGGGGCAGGGUCUCCCUCCCUUUGCAAAGGGGAUCCCUCUCCUGGUGCCAGGAAGGCGGGAGAUGGAGCAGAAGAUAGUGGGAUUCUAGUCGGCGUGCAGGAGGACAGUGUGGAAGUAGAGGAUGUGGGCUCAGAAAACACGCCACCUGAACCUGAGCUCAGCUCAAGUUCCCUGCCCCAGAGCCAGCCCUCUAUGCCUAUUUCGGCCCCAUCAUUAGUUCCCUCUUCCGGGGCCCAAAUGGAAGAUGGCCGAGUGCUGCUAGACACCUGGUAUGUCAUUAAACCAGGAAACACUAAGGAGAAGAUUGCCUUCUUUGUGGCACACCAGUUUAGUGGAGCAGGCCAACCCAGACCGAGCGCAAUGAAGGUUAAAGGUAACUGGGCGACUGACUGUAGUAAAGCAAAACGACGAAGAAGAUGCUCAUCCUAUGACCCACCGAAUCGUGCCCAUGCCUCAGAAAUGCAUCUCAGCCAUGGUUCCACCGAUGCAACCAAUAUACCUCCUAGCCCAGAUCAACCAGCACUUGAUGGGGCCGAUGAGACAGACCUGCUGUCAGUGGCUCAGAUGGUGGCUUUGGUUGAACAGAGGACAGCCUUGGCCCACCGAGAUAUUGUGGCUGUUCAUGUGAACCACCAGCAGCACCCCUCCAUUACCAGCCAUGAGCAGGGCCUUACCCCACACCAGCACACAUUAUUCCAGGGAACAGAAUCGGACCCCUCUCCUUCGGGGUUUGUGUCUGACCGUUCAAAAGGCCAACCUUCCAAAGAGGCCAAGGAAUCCUCAUCUCCCAUUCAGACAGAUCAGGAGAUCGAGGAACAACAACAAUCAUGCUGGGUAGCACAGGCUAUUGCACAUUUUGAGUCUCAGAACCUGGAGAAUCGCCUCAAUAUUGGCGCUGGCUUUUCUAAUCGGGAUAGGGAGCCAAGAGGAGGACCAGAGCCCAAUAUUGUAACACCUAGUCCACCCCCCAACCAUAGCCACGGUGAGGUGAGGAUAGCUUUCAGAGUGUCAAAUCUGGACCCACGUUCUCAGCUAGAGCCAACUAGCCGGUCCCGCUGUAUGUUUAUGAGCUGUGGAAGCGGGAGUAACCAGGCGGCAGCAAGGUCCAAAGAGAAAAUCACCUGUGACCUCUACCAGCUUUUUAGCCCCUCUUCAAGAGACCCCAGUAGUCUGCUGCUUGCUGCCACAACUGCUGCCCCCAAACCAGACGGAGACCUACAUCACUCUGAUAGGCAGGCCUGUGGCAGUUCGGAAACAACUCAGGAGCCUCCUGGAGAGAAAAAAACUGUGGGUGUGGGUAGGGAGCGUGUGACUGGCUUUCACGUGGAGGUGGUGGUCACAGGUGCUGUGGACCAAUGUGUCUUUUAUGGCAAGGACAGUACAGAGAAUGUGCAGGAGGAGACUGUGUGUUUUGCUAUGCCCGGUGGGGGAGGAGGUGUUGGGGGUGUAUCCAGCUCUACUGACCACUCAACAGAUGAUCCUCCUCCAGGACAGCUCUUUUUUUUCCCACCCUCACGAGGGGCAGAAGAGGAAUCAAAAACAACAGGUUCUGGCAGAGGGUCAGGAUUAUGCUCUCUGGACUGUGCACACAGCAGCAGCAACAGCAGCCAAGGAGCUGGAGUCGUUGUAGGCUCAGGAGACCGGGCACCUCGACCAGACUCUCCCCUAGCCAGUGGAGAUGAGUGUUCGGACCCAUCCCUGUGUCGCCUCUACCGCCACGUCUCCCAUGAUUUUUUGGAAAUCCGCUUUCAGAUUCAGCGCUUGCUUGAACCUCGCCAGUACAUGCUGCUGCUCCCCGACCACAUAAUGGUCAAUAUCUUCAGUUACCUGCCUACACGCUCCUUGGCAGCCCUCAAGUGCACCUGCCACUACUUCAAAGCGCUGAUCGAGACCUACGGCGUGCGGGCAGUGGAUUCUCGCUGGAACCAAGACCCUCUAUAUCGGGAUGACCCUUGUAAGCAGUGUAAGCGCCAGUUCGAGCGUGGGGAUGUUUCACUUUGUCGUUGGCACCCUAAACCCUACCACCAUGACCUGCCUUACGGACGUUCCUAUUGGAUGUGCUGCCGGCGUACUGACAAGGACACUCCAGGUUGCCGUGUAGGACUUCAUGAUAAUAACUGGGUUCAGCAGCCGGCCGACGGCUCUCAGCCCAUCCGAUCCAAGAGGGAGGACCGACGGGAGGAGGCUAGGUAGAAGAAAAACUGUAUUGCCUCACAGAUACAACUCCUCUUUUUUAGCCCAUGCUAUUUCUUUGAGAAUGAGCAUGGAAACGGAGUACAAAGAGAAACCCCUCACUCCAGGACAUUCUUGAUUCCACCUCUCAUCUUGUGUUUAACAUCGGGAGGUUGAGCAUGGAAUUAAGGGAGGUGUGCUGCACUCCAUGCCUUUUGUGUCAAGUCCUACAGAAUUUCUCUUCUCCCACUGUACUCCAGAGCGGCACCUUUUGAAAAGUGUGCCUACUAGGGUCGGGGUGCCCGCUCACUGCUGUCAGUUUACCCUGUUUUUUCAAGAUUUCAGGAUCACUGCUCAACUCCAUACAUGGUUGUCAGAUAAACUCACCAUGACAACUCUGCAGUGAGAUUAGCAUUAAAUGACAAAUAGAAAUGUAACGCCCUAGAGCCUGCUUAUUGUCCUAAGACUUAGUCUACAUUCUGUGUUUGUGUGUUUCCACCACAAACUACCAUAAUAGUAACCCCAUGGAAUCAAACUGGGCUCAGUGCAGCUGAUUUGAAGAAAUAGCCUUUACCGAUUCCAACAUAUGUAAAAGCAUUCAGUGUGGAAUGUUCAGCGUUUCCUUAGAAAUGUGAUUGUAUGAGGCAAACUUGAAAUUCCAACUGUUCAAGUUUGCGAUGUAUCUGUCCCUCGCCAUGCAUUUCUAUUUCUCUGAAUGUGCAGUAUUUAUUGUAUGUUGAUCAGUCCCCUGAUAAUGCUGCUGAAAUCUUUGCCUGUGUCACUGAUAUCAUGUCUGAACUAGCCAUAACAUCGGUGGGAUACAGUCUUGCAUACAUCACUUUUUUUUCUUUUUUUUUUAAACCCUAACUUAGUUGACCAGCCAUGAACAAAGUACUUUCUGGUUUACAGUGUAUUAUGGGAGAUAUAAUUUAUAGAUUACGAACAGUGGGAUGAUGUUGCUUUGUAUGGUUUGACUGACUUGCUUGUUUGCCUUUUUUGGAAGGGGGUGGCUGUUUUAUUGGGGUGUGUCAUAAUGUUUGCUGUUCCACUACUCUCUAAAUUGUAUUUGGACUCCGCUACUCCUUUAUCAGCUGGUUCCUCCCAAGUUUUUACUUCAUCAGUUUAUCUACCACAUCUCAUUUAUUUCCCUCCUUUCUCCUCCUUAACUCGGCACAGGGCAGUUUUAGCCAAAGCUGCCAAUUCUCUGAGCGUAACUAACACACAGAAACUACACCAGCCUCCAGCCUUAAACUCCCCCUACCUCUUAAUCCCCCUGCAGGAUUGAGGCAUUAGAUACCUCACAGAUGGUCAAGAAUAUUGGGAAGUUGCACAGAACCCUUUAAGGGCUUUCAUAGAAUUUAUCCAUCUUGGUAGGAUCCACCCAUAACUCCUAAUUAUUUGGGUGAAAGAUCAGUGCCUGGUGACAGCUCUGACUAUUCAUGCAACAACAACAAAAACACUUCACAAUUUUUCCCCUGCUUUUUGAACCCCCUCCUCCCCGACCGAACAAGCUGACUGGACAUUAUAGUGAUGCUGAAGCUCUGCAUGAAGGUGGGGAAACAAGUUGGGUAGUCAUGGGAGAUAUCCGUAGGUGUCCGAUACAGUAUGUACAACUCUAAUGGGAAAUAUCUGCCUAAAUAUAAAAGAAUUGAUUAAAACUGGAAAUCAAAACAUGA